AUGGCGAGAGAUAGCUGUAUGGCGCACAUCGCCACUGGCAUUGCGGUCGGCGGAGCUGUCGGUGUUGUGUAUGGAACGUAUGAGGCUCUUAGAUAUAAGGUGCCAGGAUUGUUGAAGAUCAUGCAUAUAGGCCGGACAACUCUGGGAAGCGCAGCAGUUUGUGGGCUCUUCUUAGGGGCUAGGAGCUUAAUCCACUAUGGAAAGUCCUAA